GAGCUUGCCGAACCAAAGGAAAAACCUGUUGGCAGCGUUACUCAGACAAGAUGGAAUCUAGUGAAAACUUCCCACGUAACGAAACGAUACUUACGCGGGCAACGAUUGUGUUCGCCCUUUGCGCGUCGCUGAACUCCGCCAACUUGGGAUACGAUAUUGGCGUGAGCACAGAGGCUGGACGCCUGAUCCAAGAUGAUUUACAACUCUCCAGAUUUGAACGUGAAAUGUUUACGGGAAGCAUCAACUUUUGGGCAAUGUUUGGUGCAUUUUUUGCUCAUCAUUUUACUGAUACAUACGGCCGAAGGUCAACGUUCAUUCUGGCAGCUGUUGGCUUCAUCGUAGGCGUACUCCUGCAGUCGUUUUCAAGCACUUUCGACCUCUUGAUGCUGGGUCGAUCGUUUGUCGGUCUUGGGGUAGGAACAGGCCUCGCGGUUGAUCCUCUCUAUAUUGCCGAAGUCACCCCGCCACACCACCGCGGGGAACUUGUGACAUGGUCCGAAAUCGCCAACAAUGUGGGGCUGGUGUUGGGGUUUUCAACUGGUUUUUUUCUAGCAUGGUUACCGGAUGGUCAGGAAUGGCGUCUUAUGAUUUUGCUUGGUGCUAUUUUGCCAACUGUCAUGAUCGCAUUAGUCAUUUUCGUCAUUCCGGAGUCGCCGCGUUGGUUGAUCUCUCGGAAUCGUGUAGAUGAAGCCACGGAAAUUUUGCUACAAACGUAUCCUCCGGGCUCCGAUGUGGACUUGGUCGUGGAAGAGAUCAAACAGGCUAUUAUUCGGGAACGAGUCGCCGAGAAUUCCGUGGGUUGGAUGGUGUUGCUACACCCGACACCCGCUAUUCAACGUAUGCUUUUGGUUGGAAUCGGCACUGCUGUAUCUCAACAAAUAGUUGGCAUCGACGCAAUUCAGUACUACUUGUUGGAUGUUAUCGAUGAGUCCGGCAUCGAAUCGCGACAAGCGCAAAGUGCAGUACUGGUUAUUCUCGGAAUAGUCAAAUUAUCAUUUGUCAUUCUCGGCGGGAAGCUUUUUGACACCAAGGGACGACGGCCACUCUUGUUUAUUUCAUUGAUCGGUAUGGCUGUUUCUUUGGCUCUAGUAAGUCUCGCCUUCUGGAUUGACACUGCAUGGAGUCAAGGGGUCAUCAUUUGUGGUCUCGGUCUGUAUUUGGCCUUUUUCAGUGUGGGUGUAGGCCCCGGUGCAUGGCUAAUCCCGUCCGAAGUGUUCGCUAACUGUAUUCGGGGGAAAGCUAUGAGUGUCGCUGCUUUUUGGAAUCGUCUCGGUGCCACGAUCAUGGCCAGUACUUUCCUGUCGAUAGCCAACGGAGUAGGCUGGGCAGGUUUCUUUCUAUUGCUGAGUGGUGCGUCUUUGCUAGUCCUGUUUUUUUUGUACACAUACCUACCGGAAACCAAAGGCAGGUCUCUGGAAGACAUGUCGGUAUACUUUGCUGAGAUCACCAAAGACGGUUUCAUUUUAGAAGCCGAGGCAGCGCUAUACAAGGAUGACGGAGAUGAGCUUGAAUUGGCCUCGUCAUCAUUACAGCACACUUUGCCCCCGUCGUCGUUGGCACAUCGACCUUUCUCUGAAGCCAAUGCUAAUCUGCACAGCGAGAAAGACCAGCUUUUGUAA